CAGGGACCCCAUCUAGUAGGCAUACUCAUUCACUCAGUCACUCUCUCCUCUCCCAGUCUGGGACGUCUAGGACUGCUGUGUCUGUAGCUUUCUAACAGAACCCUCUCCUUACUCAGACAUGAUGCCUCGCGUCUUCCUCACCUGCUUGAGUUCUUUGCUCCUCCUCUUCCUCUCCUCCCCAACGCAUUCGGAACCCCGCCGACCAUCGUCAUCAUCACCACGCAGCAGGACCGCGCGUGCUCAGGCUCCCGCGGGCAAGGUGCGCCUGGUGGGAAACUAUGCCCAGGGACAUAACGAGGGUCGCGUAGAGGUGCUGCACAACAACACGUGGGGGACGGUGUGUGAUGACGAAGUGGACAUCAAACUGGCCAAUGUCGUCUGCCGGGAGCUGGGCUUCCAGACCGGCAUGACAUGGGCGCACAGUGCCAAAUAUGGAGAGGGUGAUGGUCCUAUCUGGAUGGACAAUGUGCGUUGUGACGGCACAGAGAAGACUCUGAAAGACUGUAAACAUAACGGCUGGGGCAUCAAUGACUGUAAGCACUCUGAGGACCUUGGCGUGGUCUGCAGUCCGGAGCGACGACUGGACCAGGUCACAGGUUCACGUAAUGGUCAGUCGGUUGCCCUGCGUCCGGAUGUCAGUCCCUCGCCCCAGUGGCAGAGCAUUCUGGCCAGCCGCAGUAACCCCCGACAGGCCCAUCAGGGAAACGGACACCUCCCGGAGAGCCCCAGGCUGAGACAGCACCUCUACAACCCGUAUUCCAGCAAGGUGCGUAUUCAGGAGGUGCGUCUGCGACCCAUCCUGAUGCACACUAAGAAGCGGGCCCUGAUCACUGAGGGUGUAGUGCAAGUGAAGCAUGCUGGGAGAUGGAGGCAGGUGUGUGACCUGGGCUGGAACCUCAACAGCAGCAGAGUGGUGUGUGGAAUGCUGGGGUUCCCUGAGGCAGAACUACACAACGAAAGAACAUACAAGAAAAUCUGGGACACCAAGGUUGCUGAUCCAUCCACAAGGCUGAGCCUCAUGGCUCGUAAAAAAGGUUUCUGGGUAGAGAAGGUUCACUGCCUGGGGUCAGAGACCAGCCUAUCAGAGUGUCACGCUCAGCUGUCCAUUCCACAUAGCCCCACCCCCUGUAAGAGUGGGAGACAUGCGGUGGCGAGGUGUGUACCGGGACCGCAGUUUGCACGUAUGUCAUCUGGAAGACCCCAGGCACCCCACCCAAUUGUGCCGGUGCGUCUGAAGGCUGGCCCCAGGCUGGGUGAGGGCCGGGUGGAGGUGCUGAAGGAGGGGAAGUGGGGGACCAUCGUAGACCACGUGUGGAACCGCGUCUCAGCUAGCGUGGUGUGCAGGGAGCUGGGCUUCGGAACCGCCAAAGAGGCCCUCACUGGAGCUUACAUGGGACAAGGUACUGGUCCUAUCCAUAUGAACAGUGUCCAGUGUUUGGGGACAGAGAAGUCUAUCCUAGACUGUUACUUCCAAGAUGUCCCUCUCUGGACGUUUAAACACACCCAGGAUGCCUCAGUACGCUGCAACAUCCCCAAGCUUGGCCUGGACAGCACGGUGCGAUUGGCGGGGGGCAGGGAGCCAGGUGAGGGGCGUGUGGAGGUACUGAUGGAUGUAGGGGGUCGUAAGAGAUGGGGGUCAGUCUGCAGUGAAAACUGGGGGAUCAACGAAGCCAUGGUGGUCUGUAGACAGCUGGGUCUGGGGUUCGCAUCCCGAGCACACCAGGAGACGUGGUAUUGGGCUGGGGAUCGUAACGCAGCAGAGUUGGUGUUGAGUGGAACCCACUGUGUUGGAACUGAGCUGUCAAUCCAACAGUGUCGCCGUAACAACCACGUACACUGUCCCCGAGGGGGAGGGACUAAUGCUGCAGGGGUCACCUGUUCAGAGACUGCCCCUGACCUGGUACUAGAUGCCCAACUGGUUCAGGAGACAGUCUACCUAGAGGACCGACCCCUACACCUGCUGACCUGUGCCAACGAGGAGAACUGUCUGUCAUCCUCCGCUGCCAGAAUGAACUGGCCCUACGGACACCGCCGCCUGCUACGAUUCUCCUCCAGGAUUAUGAACAUGGGACGGGCCGACUUCAGACCUAGGGCUACCAGGGAGUCUUGGACAUGGCACGCAUGUCAUAGGCACUACCACAGCAUUGAGGUGUUCACCCACUAUGACCUGCUGACUCUGAAUGGAACCAGAAUAGCUGAGGGACACAAGGCCAGCUUCUGUCUGGAGGAUACAUACUGCCCUGAAGGUCUGCAUAAGCGUUUCUCCUGCUACAACAUGGGCGACCAGGGCAUCUCAGUGGGCUGCUGGGAUACGUAUCGCCACGACAUCGACUGUCAGUGGAUUGACAUCACCGAUGUCAAGCCUGGAGACUACAUCUUCCAGGUGGAAGUUAACCCUUCGUUAGACAUGGCUGAAUCGGACUUCCAGAACAACGUGAUGAGAUGUCGAUGCAAAUACGACGGACACAGAGCAUACAUGUAUGGAUGUCACGCAGGUGAUGCGUACAGUGCAGAGAUUGAGGACCUGUUCGAGCACCAACGGCAGAUCUCCAAUAACUUUGUCUAGGCCCAUUCAGGGCCCAGCGUUGGCUCAGUCUGGUGCCCAGCGAAGAGGGCUCAGAGCUGGGAACAGACUUCUCAGGGUGGCCUGGAGUCUGGUGGGUCCAGGGACUCCUGCCCCACAACACUAGAGGACUCACGGAAUGGCACCUGUCCACCGCCCUGACCUGCUCUUGACUACACUGCCCAAAAUACACCACAACCAGGAGAAGACCAUCACCCUUACCACACCCAACAGUCAAUAGCAACUGAGAGCAGGACAGGUGUCACCAAGGCAACCAAAUUAGUUCAGUUAACAAUGGAUAAUUAAAAUGGUAUGGAUUCAAUCAACUGUUAGGUCAUUUGAUAGUUUAUGAAUGUGGAUUACUAGUAAUUUAGCUGCUCAAAGUUUGUAUGAAUUAAUUCUGAUUAAGAUUAAAUUAUUAUUGUCUGUCCAUGAUUUAAAAUGACUAACAUAUGCUUGGUCCUGUAUACCCGCGUCCCAGGAAAGGGGAAAGAAUGACUGAAAAGAGUUCUGCGUUAUCUGUUGGUCUGUCUGGACAAAUGUCUCCUACAUCUACAUUAUCACACUAUUGGUACUAUUUGACCAAAUCACAACCUUCCUGUAGACUUUGAGGUCCGUAGCUCUACAGUGGACCUCAAGGCCCGGGUUUGAAUACAUAGUUGUGUAUGAACGUUUAUCUUAGUUUUUACAAUUUAAUUAGCUGUUUUAUUAUUGUGCAGUCAUAUUCUGAUGUGUUAACCAUUUUUUUCUCAAUAUACUGUAACUACAGUAGAACUGAUACACAAAAUGAAAUACAGUUGAGUUAGUUAACAUUUCUCUCUUCUGUUUUUAAAUUAAUAUUAUAUGAAGGCCUUCAAGUUGGCUUUUGUGAUUUUAUCUUGAUACCAGCCAAGAAAAUGUAACUUGAUGCAGUUUACUUUAUUCUUUACUGUGUUAACUGAAUUUCGAUGCUUUUGGUGCAAAUCUUUUCAUAAUAUGUAAUGCUGCAGGUUAAUUUAUUUAAGGCUAACGCUUGCAUACUUUUUAUAUUGAUUAAACAUAUAAAACAAACACAUUUUCACCCAAUAAGUCACUCUCUAAGUUAUACACUAGAAAAAAGGGUCUACCUAGAACCGAUGGUUCUUUGGCUGUCCCUGUAGCUUUUUGAGAACUUUUUUUGGUUCUAGUUAGAAGUCUUUUUGGUUCCAGAAAAAAAAAUGUUGGGUUCCAGGUAGAAAAUAUUUUCUUAGAGUGUAACUUCAAAGGGUUGUGUCAUCUUAACUUUUCGUAUUCCUUUCACCAAAUGGCAAACUGAGAGAUAGCUGUGCCAUCCAUCCCAGUGCACUUCUCCUUUUCCUUUUCCUGGCCUUCCCAGUGUGAGUGAAAGCAGGUUUGGUGGUAAACCCACAGUUCUAUGGCAGCCAGGUAGGCAGUGUAUAAAAAGCCUUUAAUUAGCUGUGUUAGAGUUAGAGUAAGCAUGGGGCAUACACAGAGAAACACUGCAACUGUGAACUCUGCUGUCACCAGCUAUAGGCCUGGGUAGGAUAGACAGACAAUAGAGGGAGAGAGGGGGAAGGGAAGGGGGAAGAGAGAGGGUGGGGGUAGAGAGGUAACAGAAAAAGUUUGACAGAGAGGCCCAGAGAGAAACAGACCGAUAGAGAUAGAGAACACUGCCUUUGAAUGGGCAGAAAGCACAGGAGGUUGGUGGCAGCUUAAUUGGGGAGAACAGGCUCGUGGUAAUGACUGGAGCGGAAUCUGUGGAAUUGUAUAAAAUACAUCAAACACAUGGUUUCCAGGUGUUUGAUGCCAUUCCAUUUGCUCCAUUCCGGCCAUUAUUGUGAGCUGUUCUCCCCUCAGCAGCCUCCACUAGCAGAGAGACAUCAUAGAGAAAGAAAGAAAAGGAAAGAGGAGAAGCCUUGACGUGGGAAACACAAAAGAUUUUACUACCAGUGAAAAUCCACCAUGGCCACUACUGCAGAGACCGCAUAACUGGCAUAAUGAGCUCCUAAAGAGAACAACAUGUUUGUCUGAAAGCAAAAUAAACAGCUGGAUUCAAACAGUCAACAGCUGCUACUGCUGUUGGGAACUGCUAAAAGCUAAAAGCAGAUGCUAAAAGCAGAUUAGAAGUUGAACCUUGCUUCAUCCAUGUAGUCUUUCAAAUAUACUGUAUCUAUCCAUUUCCCAGUUGAAUCAGUAUUGGUGGAAUAUUCGAUUUUCUAUACAAUGUCUCCAUUUUGAGUCAUCCAUGUUUGUGGCAUGUAUGCCAUAGCUGACUGGUAGAUGGAUCUGUUUGUGUUUUAUCCUUAUCUUUUGCAUGAGUUGGCUAAAAUGGAAACAAAUCUGGCGCAAAGCUAGUAUGCAGACCUUCCUCUGUGCUCUUAAAAGACUGACAGGACACUAUAAUGUGGCGUGGUCGGCUGUAAACACUAGAGUUCCUUAAAACCCCCUAGAGUCUAUUGACGCACCAAUCUAUAUAAAAAUCUGUCAGUUUAAGCUAGAUUUAUCCGUUUUUUUUUGCAUGGGCUGCGUCUCAAUCCGCCUAUGUUGCACUUUCCGCAUCUGCGGUGGAAAGUGACAAAGCUACAGUGCUGUUUGUCAGACCAUGAGACAUCCCGAAAAUCUAUCUUCUCAUGAAAACCUCUGUUGCAUCCAAACGGUUUGGCCUAAAAAACUCUAUAGAAAAUGGAGACUCACAAACACAAUUGUGUUCUCCGUUUUGUUCUACGAUCCCCACAAGUGUCACAGGACUAAUCUAAAGGCAACCCAUACAAAUUAAUGGGAGUAUGGAGGUAGUUUAAACCAACAAAAAUAAGGUGUUAAAUAUGUGUCAAAUAAAUACAAAUAUUUCCUGAGCUUUCAUAUCUCCUUAUUCUUUAUGAUUUAUUGAUUGACUGUUUCUUGCCAUUUUUGAAUGUGUUAUUCAAUGCGUUUCUAUGGGCUAUGGUAGUAAAGGCCAAAUUCAAUAUUUUUGAUACCUAAAUGGGUCCUAAAAUUCCAAAUCAAAUAGCUAAAUGAUCCAUGGUAUGACCUUCUUAAAACAAUUACAUAUGUCAGCUUAGAACCACCCCCCCAACAGCUUAGACUUUUAAGAGUUUUUUAUGAAUAUCUUUAGCAGAUUCCUUUGGGUUCCCUGCCCACUCAAUUCACAUUUCAUGGGCUUUAGUUAUUGCCGUCUUGUCUUCAUCAACUUUUAUAUCACAAAACACCUCCAUGUUAUUAUGAAACAGUGUUAAGUUAACCCAUAUCUUUCUUACACACACACACACACACUUUUUAAUCAAUAAAAGCUGUAGAUGAAAUCAAACUAAAUACAGCUUAGAGGUGUCACUACAGGGGUAUUUAAUCAUGUCAAAAAAACAUUUUAUAGCUUAAUAUUUGUGUUUUUUAAUUGUAUUGUGCUUGUGUACAGUUGCUAUUGACAUAAUAAUAUAGUCUAUUCUGUGUUGUUAUUUAAUUUUUGUAUUAUGUUCCAUAACUUUAAUAAUAACUCUGUUUUUGAUUCGUAUCCAUCACAAUCACUACAUCUACAUCAUAUAUUUUACUGUAUGUACGCAUAUCCAUGCUGUUGGAAUAUCUAGCGUUGGGAUAUCUAUAAUGUUACAUGGCCAGUUUGCCAACCGGUUGUCAUAUGCGAUAAUGUUUGAAACGGUAUGCAGUGUAAGCUGAAUGUGUGAGCUAGGGUGCUUAUUUAAUAUUCAUAUAGAAAGCUUGUGCUCUCAGAGACUCAAAUAACUCCCAAAACCAAAUCUUUGAUUCAUGUGUGACCAAAGUAUUCUUUCAUGAAAUAAAUGAUCAAUUCCUAUGUCAAAUGGUUUCACAUUUAAGAUUUGUUUCAUGUUAAUGACUUUACUAAAGUGAUUUAUUUUGAGAAUUUGAUGAUGUUGCUAUGAAUAAUUGGUUUAUGGAAAACCGGAAUUGGACUUUGUGACAUUUUGCCAAUGGAAUAGUUGGGAUAGCUGUGGUUAAGUACUGGCUGGCUGGCUUGGCUCCAUAGAUGAGUUACAGCACAAAUAUCACUACAUUCAUUACUGUGAAUCAAUAAAAACCAUCAUGAUACAA